AUGCUGGCUCGUAAAUUACAGAGCAAGCUAAUGUGUAUCAAAGAAACGUGUUUUAGAAGAAAAGCGGAAGCUUCCUUUUAAACGAUUCGUCUCUGCAUCCCUCGUACGGGGGAAGGGGGGAGGAAUGAACACGUUAAAAAAGUUAGGAAGUAUUUAUCUCGGCGUUGAAGGCCCGUUUUUAGACGGUAGAACAGAUUCAUCCGUCACGGCUGUGAGACUUCCGUUCUUUGUUUGCAGUCUCUAUUUCAGCAAGCAGCAACAAGGGAAGACUUCACAGCGUGGUCGUUCGCCACGAAAUUACGUUUCGUUUCCUCUCCUCCGAUAACGAGCGUCGUGCCACGCAGAAUAAAACAAAAACGCCAUCUAGUAUUUCAAAUCUUUCGCGUGGUUCCCGCGACCUUUACAUACGGCCACACCGUAUGAAAUCGUGAUUGACAUCAAAUCGACGUUACGUAAAACUACUUACAUUCUUAGAUCGUACGCACCUCUUGCAGGACGAGUUAAUGAUGUACAUGUGAUAAAAAUCCUAAAGCACGCCAGAUUCCAACCACAGACGAUCUGUAAUUCUGACUAACUCGCUCGAUAAAUGUCAUUCAAAAAAACGUCAUUCGCGGAAA